AGUCGACAGGAUAUAUUAAAAUGGCGGCGUGCUGAAUUUUGUAACACACGGACGUUGAGGCUCAAGAAAGAAAUUAUUAUCAAGAGUUAUACUCGAAGAAAGAGUUGAAAAAUAGUCAAGAGUUGAUAAUACGAAACGAAAAAAUAAAAUAAAUCAACAUGCCUGUCAUACCGGGAGGAGCGUAUCAACAAGGGAGUCCCUCGUGUUGGGAUAGAAUGAAAAUGGGAUUCGGGAUUGGAUUUUGCGUUGGAAUGGCAUCUGGCGCACUUUUCGGUGGUUUUUCAGCUCUUAGGUAUGGAAUGAGGGGUAGAGAGCUGAUUAACAACGUUGGUAAAGUGAUGAUCCAAGGUGGUGGAACGUUUGGUACAUUUAUGGCUAUUGGAACUGGAAUAAGAUGCUAGUAAAACAAAAGUAAAAGACUAACAAUGACGGCAAGCAUAAAGUGAAUGUU